AUGCCGGAGAGUAGAUACAUUGGGGCGUUUGGUGUCACCGGAUGGGCUACAAGAAGCGGAUCUGGGCUUGUCAAGUCGGGUGAUGCGGUGAAUAUAGAGAGGCAAAAACCACAAGCCAUCACGUCGAGAAGUGGCCGAGGGGGCAAGCCACGACCCAUAAUGAACAAGAAGCAGGAUGUAGUUGUGCGCUUUACAAAUGCUAGGGGCCAAGAGAUUGGAAGAUUGGAGAACGAAUCCGCAGCCUGGAUAUCGACAUUACUAGAUCAAAAGAUAUGCAGAUUCUCUGCUUCUUGCAUAUACUCGCCAGACAGCCUCAGAACAAACGACAACGUAUACCUUCAACUCAAGUGCUAUCUUCUGAGGGUAUCAUUCGAAGGCGGUGGCUUCGUGAAGCCUGAGGACAAUCGGGAAGCCGGCCGAUUUGAACCAAAAGAGAGCUCAGAUGAGCGAAAAUUGCGCCUGCGUCAGGUCGCGCUAGUAAAGAUGUUCGAUGAGAUCAAUCUCCAACCUUCUAAGAUCAACAGCACGGCCAAAGAGCACAAAAAACAGGGCAUUUUACAGGCCGCAGAAAUGGCUGAGCACUAUGAACAAAGCUCCACCUCCAAAACAGAACCAUCAGCAUCAAGUAGACAAGCUAGCACUGGUGGAUCAUCGCCACCUGCCGAAGAGGAUGAAGACGGCAAGGAGUUGGAGCAAGACCAACUUGACUCCUUGUACAAAAAAGCUCAGACAUUCGACUUCGAUACUCCUGAAUACGAACCACCUAGCACUUUUAACAUGAAGCUGAGAAAGUAUCAAAAGCAGGCUUUGCAUUGGAUGAUCAGUAAAGAAAAGAACUCCAAAGUGGACGACAGGGAGAUAUCAAUGCAUCCUCUUUGGGAAGAAUACGAGUGGCCUCGGAAAGACUUCGAUGACAAGGACCUUCCGGAAGUUGCUGACCAGGCAAAUUUUUAUGUCAACCCCUAUUCGGGCGAACUAUCAUUGGAGUUCCCUGUACAAGAACAGAAUUGCCUUGGUGGUAUUCUUGCCGACGAGAUGGGACUUGGCAAGACGAUUGAAAUGAUGUCCCUCAUUCAUAGCCACCGGCCAGAUGUUGCAACUGGUGCCGCUUCAUCGGUGCACAAUCUACCACGUCUACCGAAAGCCUCCUCUGCAAUUGAAAAAGCGCCCUACACAACGCUGGUCGUUGCUCCUAUGUCACUACUUGCCCAAUGGGCAAGUGAGGCGGAAAAAGCCUCGAAAGAAGGGACAAUGAAGGUCAUGUUAUAUUAUGGUAAUGAGAAAACAGCCAACCUCCAAAGCCUCUGCUGCGAGGCCAACGCCGCCACGGCGCCAAAUGUCAUUGUUACUAGUUAUGGUACAAUCUUAUCCGAGUUCAACGCAGUCGCUUCUAAUGGGGGUAAUCGUGGUUCCCAUGGCGGCCUCUUCUCUGUAGAAUAUUUCCGCGUCAUUCUAGAUGAGGCACAUCAGAUCAAGAACAGACAGGCCAAGACUUCAAAAGCGUGCUAUGAGCUCAGUGCGAGACAUCGAUGGGUCUUGACAGGUACGCCAAUUGUCAACCGCCUGGAGGACCUCUUCAGUUUGGUGCAUUUCCUGAAAGUGGAGCCAUGGAGCAACUUCUCGUUCUGGAAGACCUUCAUUACAGUACCGUUCGAGUCUGGUGACUUUGUUCGGGCUUUGAAUGUUGUUCAAACAGUUUUAGAACCUCUGGUCAUGCGCCGUACAAAGGAUAUGAAAACACCGUCCGGGGAGGCUUUGGUCAGCUUACCAGCUAAGACCAUCACCAUCGACAAAGUUGAACUGUCGGAAGAAGAACGUGGGGUGUAUGACUACAUCUUCAUGCGUGCCAAGCGUACCUUUAGCGCCAGUAUCGAAGCUGGCACAGUGAUGAAGUCUUAUACUACUAUCUUUGCACAGAUUCUCAGGUUACGGCAGUCUUGUGAUCAUCCGAUUCUGACGAGAAACAGGGAUAUUGCAGCAGAAGAGGAGGAGGCCGCAAAUGCCACCGAUGUCGCUAAUGGACUGGCAGAUGACAUGGAUCUCCAGGCACUUAUUGAACGCUUUACCGCACAAGAAGCCGCGGACGAGACAGCCAGAUUUGGCACCCAUGUGCUAAAGCAAAUUCAGUCAGAAGCCGAAGACGAAUGUCCUAUCUGCUCUGAAGAGCCAAUGAUAGAGCAAGCUGUGACAGGUUGCUGGCAUAGUGCGUGCAAAGCAUGUCUCCUGGAUUACAUCAAGCAUCAACGCGACAAAGGUCAAAUACCUCGAUGUUUCAAUUGCCGCGAACCUAUCAAUGCACGGGACGUAUUCGAGCCUAUUCGACAUGACCUCCCUGUGGACGAACAAGGUAACGAUUCGGAUGGUGGUUUGUAUAGUUCUACGCCCCAAAACAUGCCUGGGCCGCGCAUUUCUCUUCGCAGGGUUGGCGGUAGUGGUUCUGCUAAGAUUCAGGGCCUGCUCUCGCAUCUAAAGAAGAUACGUAAAGCAGACCCAAAUGCCAAGUCGGUCGUGUUCUCGCAAUUCACCUCCUUCCUCGAUAUCAUCGAACCAGCUUUGACUCGCGACCACAUUCCUUUCCUCCGCUUUGACGGAUCAAUGGCGCAAAAGCUCCGUGCGUCUGUUCUCGCUCAGUUUGAGAGUGCUCAGAGGGGCACAGUCCUCUUAUUGAGUCUGCGUGCAGGCGGAGUCGGCCUCAAUCUUACAUGUGCCAAGCACGUCUUCAUGAUGGAUCCUUGGUGGAGUUGGGCUAUAGAAGCGCAAGCCAUAGAUCGUGUCCACCGCAUGGGGCAAGAGAGUGAAGUCAAUGUGACGAGGUUCAUAGUCGAGGGCAGUAUUGAAGAGAAGAUGCUCAGGAUUCAGGAGAGGAAGAAGUUCAUUGCAAGCUCUUUGGGCAUGAUGAGCAAAGACGAGCAGAGGUCACAGCGCAUUGAGGACCUGAAGGAACUCUUCAGUUGA